UUUCGUAUUUGGCGCGAGUUGCAUAUUUACUUACUAACUAACGGAAAACUAAGUUUUAAGAAAUGCGCUUCUCUGUUGUGUGGAUAUGUUUUUUCCUAUAUGCAACCAAUGUUGCGGCGCAGUAUUGCACGAAAGUCAAAACCGAAGUAAUUAAUGGCCGUAAAGUGCUACGUAGAAUGAGAUUUUGCUGUAACGGUUUUAGGAAAAUCAAAGGUGAAUGCAAACCUUACUGCCCCACCGGCUGUUUCAAUGGUAAAUGCGUGAAGCCGGGUGUGUGCGAAUGUAAUGCCGGCUACAGGAAGUUCAAUAACUAUCGCUGCCUGCCCCAAUGUGAUGACUGCAGAAAUGGCUUUUGUAGUGCGCCAGGCGUUUGCAAAUGCAAUAGUGGCUAUGAGCUUAACGCCACCGGUCACUGUGAGCCCGUUUGCACACCUCUCUGCAAAAAUGGUAAAUGCGAAUCGCCGGGCAAAUGCGUCUGCUUGCCGGGCUAUAAGAAAAACGCCGCAGGUGCUUGUGAACCGCAAUGUGCUAACGAUUGUCGCAAUGGUGAUUGCAUCGCACCAAAUCAGUGCGCCUGUAAGACAGGUUAUGAAGCAGAUGCAUCGGGCCAAUGUCAACCAAUUUGCGAAGAUGGCUGUGAACAUGGAGUAUGUCGUGCGCCAAGUGUUUGCGAAUGUAAUAAAGGUUACCAAAAAUCUCUUAAUAAGACAUGUGCGCCUCAUUGCUUGGACGAAUGCGUUAAUGGAGUUUGUGUUGAGCCGAACGUUUGCGAAUGUAUUGCGGGUUAUAGAAAGGUUUUGGAUAAUAUUUGCCAACCGAUUUGUGAGCCCAGUUGUAUUAAUGGUGAAUGUAUUGCACCCAACACAUGCGCAUGCGAUACAGGCUACAAACCGGAAGGUGGCAGAUGUGAACCGCACUGUCCGAGUGGUUGUCCGAAUGGUCGCUGUAUAUCACCAGAAAAGUGUGAAUGCGACAAAGGAUACUCUCUUAGUUUGGCGAGUGUAUGCGAUCCCGUUUGUAGUAAUGGUUGCGCGAAUGGACUUUGCAUUGCCCCAGAAAUCUGUAAAUGUAGCACAGGGUACAAUUUGAGUGACAAUAAUAUUUGUGAGCCCGUCUGCUCUAGCGGAUGUCCGAAUGGACAAUGCGUAGCACCGGAAACCUGUGCCUGUGACACUGGAUUUCAAAUGACAGACCCGAAUAUUUGUGAACCCGUCUGCACAAACGGAUGCCCGCAUGGCGAGUGCAUAGCUCCAGAAACCUGCGCGUGUGACGCUGGAUUCAAAAUGACCGACUCGAAUAUCUGUGAGCCCAUAUGCUCUAGCGGAUGUCCCAAUGGACAAUGCGUAGCCCCGGAAACCUGUGCGUGUGACACUGGAUUUCAAAUGACAGACCCGAAUAUUUGUGAACCAAUCUGCACAAACGGAUGCCCGAAUGGCGAGUGCAUAGCUCCAGAAACUUGCGCGUGCGACGCUGGAUUCAAAAUGACCGACCCGAAUAUCUGUGAACCCGUCUGUUCCAGCGGCUGUCCGUAUGGCCAGUGUAAAGCUCCAGAAACAUGCGCGUGUGACGCUGGAUUCAAAAUGGUAGACANGUGUGACACUGGAUUUCAAAUGACAGACCCGAAUAUUUGUGAACCAAUCUGCACAAACGGAUGCCCGAAUGGCGAGUGCAUAGCUCCAGAAACUUGCGCGUGCGACGCUGGAUUCAAAAUGACCGACCCGAAUAUCUGUGAACCCGUCUGUUCCAGCGGCUGUCCGAAUGGCCAGUGUAUAGCUCCAGAAACUUGCGAGUGUGACGCUGGAUUCCAAAUGACAGACCCGAAUAUCUGUGAACCCAUCUGUUCCAGCGGCUGCCCGAAUGGCCAGUGUAUAGCUCCAGAAACUUGCGAGUGUGACGCUGGAUUCCAAAUGACAGACACGAAUAUCUGUGAACCCAUCUGUUCCAGCGGCUGCCCGAAUGGCCAGUGUAUAGCUCCAGAAACUUGCGCGUGUGAAGCGGGAUUCAAAAUGGCAGACCCGAAUAUCUGUGAACCCGUCUGUUCCAGCGGCUGUCCGAAUGGCCAGUGUAUAGCUCCAGAAACUUGCGAGUGUGACGCAGGAUUCAAAAUGACAGAUCCGAAUAUCUGUGAACCCGUCUGUUCCAGCGGCUGUCCGGAUGGCCAGUGUAUAGCUCCAGAAACUUGCGAGUGUGACGCAGGAUUCAAAAUGACAGAUCCGAAUAUCUGUGAACCCGUCUGUUCCAGCGGCUGUCCGGAUGGCCAGUGUAUAGCUCCAGAAACUUGCGAGUGUGACGCAGGAUUCAAAAUGACAGAUCCGAAUAUCUGUGAACCCGUCUGUUCCAGCGGCUGUCCGGAUGGCCAGUGUAUAGCUCCAGAAACUUGCGAGUGUGACGCAGGAUUCAAAAUGACAGAUCCGAAUAUCUGUGAACCCGUCUGUUCCAGCGGCUGUCCGGAUGGCCAGUGUAUAGCUCCAGAAACUUGCGAGUGUGACGCAGGAUUCAAAAUGACAGAUCCGAAUAUCUGUGAACCCGUCUGUUCCAGCGGCUGUCGGAAUGGCCAGUGUAUAGCUCCGGAAACUUGCGCGUGUGACGCUGGGUUCAAAAUGAUGGACCCGAAUAUCUGUGAACCCGUCUGUUCCAGCGGCUGUCCGAAUGGCCAGUGUAUAGCUCCGGAAACCUGCGCGUGUGACGCUGGAUUCAAAAUGAGGGGUCAGAAUGUCUGCGAGCCCGUCUGUUCCAGUGGCUGUCCAAAUGGCCAGUGUAUAGCCCCAGAAACUUGCACGUGUGACGCUGGGUUCAAAAUGACAGACCAGAAUAUUUGUGAACCCGUCUGUUCCAGCGGCUGUCGGAAUGGCCAGUGUAUAGCUCCGGAAACCUGCGCGUGUGACGCUGGAUUCAAAAUGACUGACCCGAAUAUCUGUGAACCUGUAUGCUUAAACGGAUGUCCGAAUGGACGGUGUAUAGCUCCUGAAACGUGCGACUGUAAGAAAGGUUAUACCAUGUCUAGCGAACUCAAUAUUUGUGAGCCUAGUUGUUCUUCUGGCUGUCCGAACGGUGACUGCAUAGCUCCAGAAAUUUGUCAGUGCAAGAGUGGAUAUGUUAAUGGCAGUUACAAUAUUUGUGAGCCUCUUUGUUCAAGCAACUGCUCCAAUGGUCGUUGUGUAGCUCCGGAGACGUGCGAGUGUCACAAGGGGUAUUCAAAAUUGGCUGAUGGAGAGUGCGAGCCAGUUUGUGACGCCACUUGUCCACGAAAUCGAUGCAUUGCACCAGAUGUCUGUUACUAUAAUACAGACAAUAUCGAAGACCAAAUGAGAUCUACUUCAAAAUACACGGAUUCUAUUAGUGUAAUUCUGAAAUCGGCGCGAGCUGGACGUCUCUUUGCGGCUUCUGUUAACUCUUAUGACGAGGAGGACAGUGAUGAAGAAGGCAGUGAUAAUUCGGGUGAUUACAGUGAUAGCGUAAACAUUUUGGACACACGCGAUAACAGGUGUCUGAACCGCUGUACGAAUGGCACUUGCCAACAAGAGCAAUGCAUCUGCCAAUACGGUUAUGAGCUACAGAUGCAUGGCCAUGAGGAUAUCUGCGUUGCGCGCUGUGGUGUUUUAAUUGAUGGCGCGUACAGCGGCUGUGUAAAUGGGUUUUGUAAUGAGCCAGGAAUUUGUGUAUGCUUCGAAGGUUUCCAGCAGUCUACCGAGAAUGCACACAAAUGCGUGCUCCUUCAUAGAGAGGAGCAGUCAAGUGGCGGAAUUUUCAAAUAUCUACGUCUGUAUGUUAUUUUCGCUGCGCUUUCCUUGCCGUUGGCGUUGGUGGUAUUAUAUUUGUUAUGCCAUAUUAGCUGCGAAAAAUCGUACAAUGUGGCGAAAAGAGAGAACAACUUGGGACUGGCGAAUUUAUCGCGUAAUGUGGAUAUCAUACGAGUGCCUUAGUCAAGCGGGUUUUUUGGAUUUUUGAAACUUUAAAGUGAUGACAGUGAUCUUCAGAUUUUAUCUUUUCGUUUACUAGAUUUCUAAAUUUUUGAAUACAUAUCAAUAUGUGAAUGUAUGCAUAUGUAAAGUUAUUGAUAACCAAGUAUAAUAUGUAUUAAUAAUAGUAAGUAAAUUUAUAUAUGUGAAUAAGUAGAUGCAUUAAGAUAAGUGUAAAAAGUAGUUUUAAGUUUCGUGAUAGACAUUUCGUUUUCCAAAUUUUUAGCAUGAUAAAAAAAUAGGAAGGUAGAACCGCUUGCAGAAAUUUUUCAAAUUCUUGACGUUUGCAUGCAAUUUAAUUUUAA